GCGGCCGGACUCGCAUGGAGCUCAUAUGAGGAGGAACAUGUGUCGAUCGACGACGUGUAGUCUUGAGCACUGUGUGUGGUUGCGGUUGCCAUGCCAUUCAACCUUUAUAUCGCGAAAGCCAGAUUACUACUAUUAUACGGUGAAUUCGUUGACGUCUGUUUGGCAUUUCACACAUGCGCAUCGGGCAUGUCCGCCUUUCCAUUUAUGUUUGACAUUCGACAUCUGGUGACCAUCUGUUUUAUGAAUAGGACCCUCUCCGCAUUACCGGCCUGGGCGGCUGUCUAUCGCCCCUACGUGUACGGAUCAACUACUGCAACCUACGUCACCGUUUUCUCAUACUCGUACAAGCAACCUUUGAGCAGAGAAGCCCUGUGGGCGCGCUCGCUCCUCGGCUAGGUCUUCCCUUCACCGAACCUAACCCUCCCAAGUCCGACAAUCUCGGUGCUAUCUCCCUCACGCAGGACCACCAAUACCAUGCGCGUACGAAACACAUCGACAUUCAUUUCCAUUUAAUCCGCUGGAUCAUACAAGAUAAGAAGUUAUAGCUUGUUUACAGCUCUACAGACGAGAUGGUUGCCGACA